AUGGGGGGGAAUGCUGGACUGGUCCUGCGGUAUGGAUACACUCAGCAAAGUGCAGUCUUUGAGUUGGAAGGAAACCUGAUGGAAGAUGUCUUUGAUAUAGAUAAAUAUUUGAUAAACGGGGUAGACAUUUACAUCAAACUCUUUAGAUCCAGUGCCCCGUUUGUCAUUAUGUCGGCUGAAUCUUCACCAGCUUUCAAAUUAGAGUUACUGGACGUUGUGUACAAAGUAGCCAAAGUGCGAGUAGACCCCGGCGUUCUACUGAACCAUAGUAAACAGAUAGAAGCAACCCCCGUGAAGUAUACUAUCAUGCGAAAUGAAUUGAAAAUGAAUACUAUUCCUAAAGGAUCCACAGAGUUUUACUGGGACAACAUUUUUCCUCAAGCGGUCCCCGAUCGCAUCGUGGUGGCCUUGGUGGACCAGAAAGCCGUCAAUGGGGACUACACCGCUAACCCCUUUAACUUUGAGCAUAUGGGGUUAACAGACGUCGGAAUAUACGUUAACGGAGAAAGUGUACCCGGUAGACCGCUCAAAACAGACUUCUCAGCGGGACUGUAUUCAGCAGCUUACGCUCGUUUGUUUGAAGCCUCGGGAAAAUGGAACAAUGAUGCCGGACUGAUCAUCACUCGUGAUAAUUUUGGAAGUGGAUAUUCGCUGUUUGUUUUCACUAUUGAUUCCUGUGGAUUUGGAGAAGAGUAUUUAAAUCUGAUUCGUCGGGGAAACACCAGACUGGAACUGAAAUUUAAACAAGCAACAACUAAAGCUGCUAACGCAAUUGUAUUUGCUACCUUUUCAUCUCUACUGGAAGUCGACAAAUCACGUGAUAUCAACUACAUUCAACCAUGA